AUGGAUAGCAAGAAUGAGGGUUCAUCAAGCUCUUUUCCAAUGGGCAAAACAGCACAAGAAAAAGGAUGGUCACAUGUACCUGAAUGUUAUAUGAUUCCACCUUCACAUAGACCUAGUUUAAAUCCAGAGACAGCCAAUGUGCCUGUCAUUGACUUGGAUGGGUUGGAUAAGGACCCUGCACAACGUUCUCUCAUCAUCAAAAACAUUGGAAAUGCUUGUCGCACCAAGGGCUUCUUCCAAAUUAUGAAUCAUGGAAUACCUCAAUCAAUCCUGGAUGGAGCACCUUCGGUGGCCAUUGGAUUUUUCGACUUGCCAACCGGAGAGAAAGUGAAGUUCAUGUCUAACGACGUGCACAAGCCGGUCAGGUAUGGUACAAGCUUGAGAGGUGGUGUUGACAAGGUACAGUUUUGGAGGGUUUUUCUCAAACAUUAUGCAAGUCCUUUGAAAGACUGGGUUGAAUUAUGGCCGAGUAAUCCACCUGAUUAA